AAGAGUUGAGAGAAUAUAAUGAAGAGGAAGACUGACAGAAAGAGAAGAUGGCUGAUAAGUGUCACUUGUGUCUGCUGGGACUGAUCUUUCUCUCUUCACUUCUCACAGGUCUCAGUGGAGUGGAUGAGGUUCAUAUGUUCAUCAGUUCUGGUGAAGAUGUCCGUCUGCCCUGUAAUAAUGCUCUUCAUGACUGUAAAUCAACUACAUGGCUCUAUAAUAACAGAUUCAGUCAUUCAGCAGCAGUUGAACUGUUUUCUGGAGGGAGAAAGAAGACAGACACAGAGAAACAUGAGAGACUGAGUCUGGAGUCUGACUGCUCUCUGAACAUCAAGAGCGUCACAGAAGAAGAUUAUGGAUCUUACACCUGCCAACAAUAUGUGAAUGGACAACGACAAGGAACGGAUGCUCGUGUUUAUCUGCAUGUUCUUCAUGUCUCUUCAUCUGAGAUCAGUGCAGGUCGCUCUGUGACUCUCUUCUGUCAGUUGUAUUCAUAUCCUCAAGUCUCUUGUGAUGAUUGGAUCCGUUCUGAGCGAAUUGAGUUGUUCUGGAUGAAUCAGGCUGGUCAUAAACUGAAGAGAUCAGACUCCAGAUAUCAGAUAUCAGCUCCAGAUCACUGUAUCAUCUCUCUGAAUACAACAAUCCUGAAUGAAGAUCACAACGGAGAGUGGAGAUGUGAAGUUACUCAAGUCAAGACUUCAGUCUCAUACACUGUCAAGAUCUCAGAAACUGAAGUCAGUUCUGCUGGUUCAAUAUUCAGAGUGAUUGUGAUUAUCGUUGAGUUUGCAGUGUUUGCUGCUCCUACUGUGAUUCUUCUUCAGAUCAUCUGUGCAAGAAGAGCUGGGAGCAAGAACUCACAGCAUCGAGAGGAAAUAGUGAUGAAUACAGUAUUACAAUAAAAUACUCUCAACAAACAACAGGCCAGAGUACAC